UUCUAUUAUUCUGUCGGCAUGUGGGGAGGCGGACGCGUAUUUGCGAUUUGUGAAUGGCUUUUGUUUGCGUUUGCGGUUGAUGAACUAUUUGCCGCCAACCGGUUAGAUUUGUGUAUCGAUUCGUCGGGUUUCUAACGUGAUCAACCACCCUGUCAUUCAUCGUCGCCGCGCAGUCCGACCGAACCAGUUUAACAGACACCAAUGUUCAAGCGUCGUGUAAAGUUUUGUCUCCAACGGAAAAAAAACGGUUUCUGGGUUGACGAGUUUGGCUGAUUCUAUUCAUUUCUAAAUUUCUCUUUCAGUUUGGUUUAUUUCAUUUUUUGGCCUUAAAGGCAACUGUUGAGAACGAGACGUUUGUUUUCGAGACGGGGAACUCUUAAGCCACUUUCGAUUGUGCUCACGAAUUACGUCGGCAACAAUCUAAUCAGACGGGGUGACGCUGUACUGAACACUGCGGGUUCCCCUAAGUAAAAAUAAUCACAUUUCACGGUCAAUGGCUCUCGUCGUCGCGUGCGGAUGCGUGCGCAGCCUUCCGCCCCCUCUUCCAGACAACCGAAACAAAACCGAAUUCGUUGCAUUUAAAGAAAGUUCCAUGUACAUCUUUGAUUUAAAGAAAUAACAAAUUAAACCGUCGCUCGCAUUUUUAGCUGCGUCGUCGUCUUUAUCCUAUAACAGAGCAGAGUGUGUGGGUGGCACGAAUCGCACGAACUCGUUGCGCACGGAAGUUCUGGCGUGCUGGUGCAUUUUCACUCGAUAAAGGCCCGGUUUCCAGUGGGCACGGGUGUGCCUUUUGUUUCGUCACAAGUGAACUCUCUUUUUUUUUUUGCUGCAAACUUGACACAUUCACCGAACAAAGUGUACAGUGAUUCACGAUGUCGUGAAGGAACGACUUGUUCACCGGAUGUUUCUACAUGUAAAACAAAGAAAAGCGCUACAUUUGCAACUCUUACUGCUUAUUCUUAUUAGACUUAGCGACCACAGAGGCCGUAUCGGUCAUCGACUUCUUUUAUGAAUCAUCUUACUGGAUACCUGACUACGACUAUCAAGCAAUGGAACAACAAAAGGUCUCGAUUACGGAGACGAACUUUGGCGGCAUCGUUUACUCAUCGGAUGGCAUGGAAACCUUCUCCGAUCAUGCACUCUGUCCGCAUCCCUUGAUGGCUCACCACAAGCCGCAAUGUCAGCACCAACAGCAAUCGCCGGACGCGAUAACAGGAGGCGGCGACGGAGACUGUGGCACCAGCGGCAAUGGUCGCCAACGUCAAUCAGGUUUCCUAGUGAAACGGUUGAACGCUAAAAAGACGAUGGCCGAAAUCUCCAUUCCUGGAAUGCGAGCCGUGUUUGGACUCGGCUCUUCACUCAUCCGUCGAGUUAUCUGGAUUGUCAUCCUAAUCACGUGCUUCGGCAUUGCCGUAGUCCAGGUUCGCGAUCGGGUGAUUUACUACAUGUCAACGCCGGUAACUGUUAAUGUGCGGGUGUCGAGAAAUGAAACUCUUCCCUUUCCUAUUCUCUCCAUUUGCAACAAGAACAUGUUCAACAUGACAGCUAUGCGGAUCUUGAAAACGGAAAAAGCGAAUUUGAUCACCCGCACGAACGGUACCGUGUUGUCGCAGAAAGAGAUUGACAAUUGGGAUGUGGCUGACUUGGUCGGUGUUCGUGGCUACAAUGUCCUCGAACUCUGGAAUUUUAUAUCUCAUUCACUUGAGAGAAUGAUCAUUGAAUGUUUCUUUGGAAGGAAUAAAACUUGUGAAGAACGUGGGAAAUGGACAAGGAUAUACAAUUAUAUGGGCGUGUGUUACUCUUACACCCUAGAUUCCGUAGUGGAUACUACGGGAUUAUUCAAUAAUUUCUACCUCAGGCUGCACGAUGUAGAGCCUUUGGCGUACAAAGGGGACGCAAGCGGAUGGAAAUUACUCAUUCACGACCGUAAGGAUUCACCGCUGGUUAUUCUUCGUAGUCACGGCACAACUUUAUACCGCGGCUGGGCCAAAGAUAUGCGCGUUUUCGUCAGGCAGUUUCGAACGUUAAAUACUGAAAGCCGCCAGUGCUCCGAUGACCACGACUAUUCCUACUCCAAGUGCGUUGCACAGUGUUUUAGCAAAGCAGUUACUGACGCUACUACAUGUCGGCUUCCCUACAUUGAUGCUGACACAGUCGGUGCUGUUAAGCUAUGCAAUGAUUCACAGACAUACGCAGCCGCCAAUGAUAAGGUGGAAAACCUCCUCUUCUUUGGGAAGUGGUCCGAAAACAACUGUACAUCCUGCCCAAGACAAUGCCAUCAAGACUUUUACAUCACGUACACCGAAACGACGGAAAUGAAAAGGGGUCAGGAAAAUCUCGGGAAAUUGCGAAUAUUUUAUCAGGACAUGACCUAUGACGACAUUGAAGAGGAAUACGGCUACACCGCCAUACCGCUCCUGUGCGACAUUGGGGGUUCGUUGGGCUUGCUACUCGGUGCUUCUGUCCUUACCUUCUUCGAGAUCAUCGAGGCUAUUUCGGCCGCCUUGUUUCAUUUAACAGCAAUGUUCACCACAUGUUGCUGCCUUAUGGUAAAGCCAAACAAAGUUCCCCGGGCAGCUUUAACAGCUCUCAAAUUUGAAGCAGCAUUUUUCUAGCAUUGGGCCAUAAACAAGACUUGCUGCCUCCUGAGCGAUCAAUUCGACCAACCAAAGGCCACUUGAUUGAUAGAAAAAAGUAUAAGAAAAUCCCUUCCCCCCUUCCUCCCCAGAAAACAAGAAAUGAAAUAAAACGAAACAAUAGCAAUUGUUUUCUAUUGACGAUUGUGAACCGUCGUAUGAAGUGAUUGAUUAAACGAUUCGGGUUA